GUUCUCUUUGCCCCUCGAAGCCGCGCUGCCCAGCUGACCGGCCGGAUGGAGGCUUCGGAGCCGGAGGCUUUGGAGGCCGAGGCGGCCUGGCGCCGCUUCGACGCGGCCUUGGCGGCGCUUUCGGACGCCAGGAGUUAUGGCCAGGCGGAGGCGCCGGGACCUGAGCUUCUGGCGCAGCUCGAGGCCUUGGCCCAGCCCUUCAGGGGCACCUGCCGCUUCCUGGUGACCAACCUGGGUGGGGCCCCAGUGGCGGAGUUGGACUUCGACGUGCGCCGGACGGUCCUGGAGCUGCGGCGGGAGGUGGCGGCGCUCACCAAGGUGCCGCUGGAGGAUGCAGGGCUGGUGGACGUCGAGUCCAAGACUCCCUUCGGCCCCGAGGACCACCAGGUGCUCGCGCUGCGCCGUAGCGGCGGGCUCGUGCGCCUGGCGCUGCUGGUGGCAGG